AUGGCUUCCGCCCCCCGCGUCGCGAGAUUAUGCGCCGCCGCCUGCCGACGAACGGCGCCGCAAUUGGUCCGCCGCAGCCGUGUGAUGAGCAUGGCCGGCACGAGGGCCACCACGGCCGCCGCCUUUAGCACGAGUUCGAUGCGCGCCGCGGAGCGCGACUUUGACGGCGAAGAAGGCGGCGAGAGCACCCCCGUCGAGCUGAGACAGCUCGACAAGGCCUUCCUGGACCGCGCCACCCCCGAGGGCCUGCAGCAGCUCGACCAGCUCGCCAAGCUCAACGGCCACAACAGCAUCGAGGCGUAUCUCGACGACAAGCUGCGCUACACACCGGGCUUCUCGACGCAGGACAGGCUGCUCACCGACGAGCUGGUGCGGGAGGACUCUGGGGGCAAGCCGGACCGCAAGGCGUUUUGGUACGACGAGGACGACCCGGACACGUUUACCGAGGAGCACGACGAGUUCAACGAGGACGACAUGAUGUCCAUGGCGCACAACAAGCUGGACGAGGUCCGCGAGAUGCGACACUAUACGAGACUGGCCGUCUGGGAGAUGCCUCUUCUGUCCAAACUCGCCAAGCCCUUUGAGGUUCCUAAAGCCGACCAGGUCCUGCGAUGGCGAUACACGACAUAUAUGGGCGAGGCGCACCCGGCCGAGAGCAAGGUUGUGGUGCAGUUUGCGCCGGCGGACCUGGGGCUGACGGACGUGCAGACGUCCAAGCUGCGUAAGCUGGUGGGCGCGCGCCUCAACCCCGAGACGGAUGUGGUCAAGAUGGGCUGCGGGCGCUACGAGCACCAGGCGCAGAACAAGCAGUACCUGCAGCAGCUGGUGGGCACGCUCAUCGCCGAGGCCAAGGACCCGCGGGACACCUUUGAGGACGUGGCCCUCGACACGCGCCACUUUUACCGCGCGACCAAGGCCGGCGGCAAGAGGCUGCAGAAGAACAAGCCCAAGUUCCCGCCGGAGUGGCGCAUGACGCCGCAGCGCAGGGAGCAGCUGACGGAGCAGCGUGCGCAGGUCGCCCGCGCCGAGGCGCAGCGCCUGGAGCAGGGCACCGUGGUUGAUGGCCAGCAGAAGGUCGAUGGGUACCUGAUGCAGAGGCUGCUGGAGGAGCAGCAAAAGGCGGCGGCCGAGCCGCUGCCUGUGCCGGUGGGCCGUGGACCUGCUCGCGCGAGAAGAUGA